AUGAAAAUCGAGGGACUUGUCUCUUUAAAAAGAUACACCUACAAAGACAUCAAGAGAAUGACCAACUCUUUCAAAGAAAAGUUAGGCCAGGGAGGAUAUGGCUGUGUGUACAAAGGCAAGCUUCAAGACAGUCAACUUGUGGCGGUGAAACUUCUUAAGAAGCUGACAAGCAAUGCAGAAGAAUUUUUCAAUGAAGUUGCAAGCAUAAGUAGGACUUCUCAUGUCAAUGUUGUUAGCCUCCUCGGGUUUUGUUUUGAAGGAGGCAAAAGAGCUUUGGUUUAUGAGUUCUUGCCCAAUGGAUCACUUGAAAAGUUCAUAUUUAAUAGGAAUAAUACUUCGGAGGUAGAUAAUCAAUUGAGCUGGGACACAUUGUAUCAGAUUUCGCUCGGCAUAGCUCAUGGGCUAGAGUACUUGCAUAGAGGCUGCAACACAAGGAUCUUGCACUUCGACAUAAAGCCUCAUAACAUUCUCCUCGAUAUAAACUAUUGUCCCAAGAUUUCCGACUUUGGUCUUGCCAAAAUAUGCCCAAGAGAAGAAAGCAUUGUGUCAUUGCUUGGUGCCCGAGGCACUGUUGGAUACAUUGCUCCAGAAUUGAUCGUAAGGAACAUUGGAGGGGUUUCUCACAAAUCAGAUGUCUACAGUUAUGGCAUGAUGGUUCUGGAGAUGGUCGGCAAGAGGAAAAACAUUGAAGUCAUGGUAGAUCAUACCAGCGAAAUAUAUUUCCCCCAUUGGGUCCACCAACGCCUAGAGCUCCAAGAAGACCUUGGGCUGCAUGGAAUCACAAAUGAGGGUGACGAAGGAAUCGCGAAGAAGAUGAUUGUAAUAAGCUUAUGGUGCAUUCAGAUCGAUCCAAGAGCUCGACCUUCUAUGACCCAAGUUGUGGAGAUGCUAAAAGGAAGUGUUGAGGCCUUGCAAAUUCCUCCCAAACCAACCUUGUCAUCUCCCUCAUGA